UGCAAUUUUUUUGCUGUCAGCUGUCAAAUUCAUAUUCGUAUUUCAGACCGACUAAUUGUAAUUGAGCCGUAUUUUAGCCUAUAUUCUUGUGUUUUGCGAUUCUAGUGUCUUUAGCCGGUUUGUUUUGCUUGUGUUUUUUUGUUGACAGCGAGUUUUCCUGUUCUCGAACAAAAAAUCCGACCUAAAGUUAUUCAGUUAAGUAUGUCUUCAAAGCAUUUAUCAAAGGGUUCUACAGAACCACCCAGAGUGGAUGGACUUUUACGCCUUUAUUCUAUGCUUUUCUGUCCAUAUGCCCAAAGAUCCAGACUAGUAUUGAAAGCUAAAAACAUACCUCAUGAGAUAGUUAAUAUUAAUCUCAUGCAAAAGCCUGAAUGGUACUUCAAAAUCCACACUGAAGGAAAGGUUCCAGCUUUGCUUGAUGGUGACAAAAUAAUUGUUGAAAGUCUUGAUAUUUGUGAUUAUUUGGAUGAAAAAUACCCUGAAAAUCCACUGUAUCCAGCAGAGCCUGCUGCCAAAGAGAAGGAUAAACAAGUUAUUCAACAAAUUGGUUCAGCAACUUCAAUUUUUGGUAAAAUAUUAUUUUCUAAUGAAGAGAAGUCCCCUGAAGAGUGGGUUAAGGAAAUAAUUAAAGCUCUACAGCCUUUGGAAGACGAAUUGGUGGCGAGAGGCACUAAAUUCUUUGGUGGAGACAAACCAGGAAUGAUUGAUUACAUGCUGUGGCCCUGGGCAGAGAGAGCAGGAGCGAUUGCCCUUAAAUUAGGUACAAAAUUGCCCAUUACUGAUGACCACAUUCCUCAAUUGCGCAAAUGGAGAAAAGCAAUGAGAGAAGAUCCAGUAGUCGCGGAACUUUACCUUGGUCCAGAAGCUUUUUGGAAAGUAGCUCAGAUUACCCUGAAGAAAGAAGUGCCUGAUUAUGACUCUAUAUUAAGUGCCUGAGUUGCAUAAUUUAAACACAAAAUGCUUUAUUUCACAAUUGUUCAGUAUUUCACAAGCUUUGUCACGAAAAAAUAUUAUCUGCUCUGUAAUAUUAAAAAUAAUAUACUCAAUGAUAUAUUGA